AUCAACUGGGUUCUAACUUUUAAGUACUAGUACUGUACUGACUUGUGACCCCUCGCGGCGGCACGCGACCCCCCACUUCUCCUUUGCCUUCAUGACAUGACGAUCGUCGACGAGAAUGAUCUUAUUCGCUUGCUCAACAGUAUCCAAGAACUUUCUGACGAGAUUACGCAGAACCGCUCUGUAUCAUUUUCACUCCAUGCCUCAGCUGGUGCUAUAAAGACUCAAGCGGCACAUGCCCAGACAGGGUUCGUCCUUCGUAGGUUCAACCUCGACAAGGUUCAAGACGUGUACGAUGGAGAACUAGAGCGCAUGAACGCCUCUCUUGCAGCUGAGAAUCAGACGCUGCAACACGACAACAAACAACUUGGUGCGCUUAUUCGAGAGUACGAGCAGACGCUUGAAAGCGUAAUGAGUGCAUUCCGCACAAGAGCUCGUGACGUCCAAGAUCACGAACUCGCUCUCAUUCGCGAGUACGAAUCCAAGCUUAUUGCCAGGGAAUCGGAAGACCUUCUCCGUGCACUGUCGGCUAGCACUGCUCAAUCCGCGGCCCUCGGGCGGAUAUCGAAGACGCUUCGCCAUUUCAUGCGCGUACUGAAUGGCGAGGAUGCCGAAGUUGCUGAUACUCCUUCGCCUGAAGCAAAGCAAGGCGAUGCGGAGGAAUUUGAUUUCGAAGAAAAGAAGGAUUGGUCUCUUGAGAGGGAUUGUGAGCUCGCACGGUUGGAACGAGAGAAUUCUGUAUUGCGGAGAAUGCUGAGGAUGGAGGUAUAUGAAGUCGAGGCUGACACUAAAUGGAAUGUUACAGAUUAUGCAGUAGACAACUCACGCCUGUUCGGAUCACGUCCUGGAUCAAGCAAGCAUCCUCCUCAGCCUCUGCAACCACAGAAGAAAACACUAGGUGGUCCGCCAGGCACAGUGGGACCGUACGGAACGUACAAGAAGGGCAAAUCAGGCUGAACAGAGCUCUAUCCACUUUCUUCGUUUUAUUAUUUGUGGACUCUUAUACAUUCAUACUGUGAUGCAAUGGCAGGAUGCUCUCAAUUCUUCGAUAUGUCUUUACGCAAGAGCUAUAUCGAGCCGGAUGACACGAACAGUUCAUCGUACGAGCAGUGGGGUAUUUGAAAUUUUGUGUGCAGCUCAAA